GCUAUGUUUUUGAUUGGCGCUCAACUGAAUAUGGAAAUAAUUUGUAAUAAGAACAGUACAACAGUGUAUUUUGAAGAUGCAAACAAUAAACUAGUUGAAGUGAAACGCAACGCGUCAACAUGUAUUAUACACGGCAUGCAAAAUAUGCCAAAUUUGCAGUGCGGAUGCAAAAUUGACUCUCGUGCAGCUUGCAAUAUGUCUUCGAAUGAAAAGGAACAUGGCUGUCAUAAAUUGAGAUGCUAUGGUUCUAAAGACGGAGUUGCCAGUUAUAGUAAAUUCGUUGAAGUGUGUUUGUCAGGAAACCAAAUUGCACACGCGAAUGUUGCGGCCGUAAAUUGUUCAGAUGUUAAACUGACCCCAGAGGUCAUGUACUGGACCGUUGAAGAUACGGCUUUCAUGGGCAAUGGUUACAAAAUCAUGAUAACAAAAUUUGAUCUUUUUAACAUAAGUGUGAUUAACGACCUAAUCACAAAAGAAGAAAAUCGAUCAAUGGCUGUGUGCAAGUUAGAAGAAAAUAACAGCAAAGAGUGGAGCAUAACAUUGAUAUUUCUUAGGACGGCAUGUGUCGCAGAAAAGUUAUUCAAACAGUCAUCUUCAUCAUUAAUAAAUCGUUCGUGUCCAACAUCAAAAGGUAAUCCAGCGAUCACCCGAAAAUUGGAAGAGUAUAGCGAUCCUGAAUGUCCUUCAGUAAACAUAAAAUCCACUGUCAACGUAUCGUUUUGCGAUGCUGUAAAUAGGGAUGAUAUGGGGGCAAGACAAUUUGUAGGAAAUAAUAUUGGUUCCUUCAAAUUAGAGCUCCUUAGUGAGUAUGUUUGCUUCUUAUGA